CCAACUUUCAAUGGUGACCUAAUUUUUUCAAGGACGGGAGUCAUUGAGGAUUGUGGUUUUGGCGGCUUCAUAAUGAUGGAGGUUCUACCGAUUUCUUUGGUGAAUUUCAAUGCAGAUAGUGGUUAUUUAGAAGGUCUAGCACGUGGAAUUAAGGGUGGACUUCUAAAGCAAGCUGAUUACCACGUGCUAGUACAGUGUGAAACAUUGGAUGACCUAAAGCUCCACCUGCAUGAUACUGACUAUGGGGAAUUUCUUGCCAAUGAACCUGGACCUUUGACUGUGGGGAUCAUUGAAGAAAGAAUUCGCGAAAAGUUUGUGUCUGAGUUCCGACACAUACGCAACCAAGCUGUAUACCCAUUAUCUUAUUCUUGGAUUACAUCACAUACAGCUAUAUGAUUGAUAAUAUCGUGCUUCUGAUAACAGGGACUCUCCAUGGAAGACCGAUAUCCGAACUUAUGACUAAAUGCCACCCUCUUGGAACAUUUCUGGAAAUGGAAACCCUGAAUAUUGCAACUAACCCUGCCGAAUUAUACAAUGCUGUACUCGUGGACACGCCUCUAGCUCCAUUCUUUAUUGAUUGUAUUUCGGAGCAAGACUUAGAUGAACUUAAUAUAGAGAUAAUACGUAACACUUUGUACAGGGCGUAUAUUGAAGAUUUUUAUGCCUUCUGUAAGUCACUGGGUGGAAUUACUGCGGAGGUGAUGUGUGAGUUGUUGGCAUUUGAAGCUGACAGAAGGGCGUUUAUCAUAACAAUCAAUUCAUUCGGAACAGAACUCUCAAACGAAGAUAGAUCCAAACUUUAUCCUCGCUGCGGAAAACUUAACCCUGAGGGGCUUGUUCAGCUUGCUAAGGCUAACGAUUACGAACAAGUAAAAUCCGUUGCAAGGUACUAUUCGAACUAUUCCUCCUUGUUUGAAGAAACUGGCGAGGGCUUUGGAGAUAAGACAUUAGAAGAUAAAUUCUUUGAAUAUGAAGAACAAGAAAUGAGAAACAUUGUUUGGAUUGCGGAAUGCGUUUCUCAACGUCAUCGUACCAAAAUUGACUCUUAUAUCAAUAUUUUAUGACAUGAAUAUGAUGUUUUGUUGGAAAACUAUUCCACGCUUAAAAUGCGUUCUAAGCAUAAUGUUUUUGACUAUUAUAUCUUACUUUGGAUUUAUUUAUACUUUAAACUCGUUAAAAAUUUACGUAAAUUUUUUCUGUAUGAUUAAUUCCAAGUGAUUAUCAAAACGUUUAAGUCGUCUGAAUCAUUAAUAUCAAUUUUGAGAUUUCCUUUCGCAACUAUCAUUUUACUUGGAUACUUUCAUUCUUUCUCCUAACACCUGGUUCUUUGUUAAUGUUGUGUUGGAAUGUCAAUAAGCUAUGUUGCAGUUCUCUGAAUUUUGUUUAACUAGGUUUGUACUUUAAGUGUCACACCAGUUGUUAGUGACGUGAAUUAAUUAUAUUAACUUCUAGUACAGUAAACACCUAGUUUUUAAACUAAGAUUUUUUCACAUGCCUUUCUAUUAAUUACUGAGUUUCAUUUUUUAUGUGAAGAAAGUCUCUGUUUCCGGUUGUUAACACCUGAGAUGUAACUCGACGGAAGCAGGUCAAUAUCAUCAUGAGUAAUGUCUGCUUCUUGAUGGGAAAUCAAAAUAUUUCAUCAUUGCGUAAUAAUAAAUUUGUGUUUUAUCAAUAACCACAGAAUUCCUAACGCUUUCUAAGGGGAUACUUCUCUAGAAACGAAGGAAUCCCUGAUAUAUUUUAGAAAUUAGUUUCAAGAUAAUGUACUGUUGGUUCAACGUCACUGGCAUUUGGUUGCCAAAUUAGUUACACUAUAAACGAUCUUGGUGAAUCACGUAUACAUCUCAGACGCUCACCAUUUUAUUACAAUUUUACUCAUUUUUCAUUACUUCCCAAUCACAAGUAGGAUAUGCAAAACGCAAUGCAGAGGUUUGCAGUUUGUUUUACUUCUGAAUAGUUUUAUCAGUUUGUCUUUUUAUACCUCUUCGAAAUUUAAGGUGUAACACAACUAAUCUUGUUCUGAAAUCUCUGAAUUGAAAAUGUCCCACGGCAUCAGUGAUCUAGGAAGCAGCAAGUUUCACUCUUUUGGCAUUUGAAAAAGUGAGAAUUACGUCGACCACAGACGUGUGCUAUGUAUUUUAUAAGAACGGUAAAUACUUGGAUAUUUCAAGUCUAAGUGAC